UUUCCUACCUAUUAUAGGUACGGUGUUGAGGUCCCAGCGAAAGGGGCAGGAGCGGGGCAGUCGCCUGCAGGGGCUGGUCCCACGCUGGCAGCGAUAGGUUCACCAGUUGUGAAUGUAGCCACAACAUCUACUGCUUCAGAAGGUGAAGAGGAUGACAGUGACGAUCAAGACGUAAUGGCGUUGACGGUGACAAAUCGCUCUCAUCCAAGAGGGGCGUGUUUUGAGCCUCGUACGCCAGAGGAGAACGUUAGGGUGAAGCUAGAGGAAUGGAUAAAGAAUGUUGCACAAUGCAACACUGUUAAGGGGGGAUCAGUACCAUCCGUGGCCAUUGUGGCACCGGAUAAGCAUGAAACCCUUGCUAUUGCAAAGGAAGCUUCAGCCAUGUGGAAAAAAUGCAGUGUCUUGGUCGACAUCCCAGCGGUGCACUUCUAUUCUUGUGCCCUAAGAACCGAGGAUAUCUUGUACUAUAUCCUGCGGGAACUUCAGCUCGCAAAAUCCCAACCCCAGCAACAGGAAGUUCAAGGUGGGCGGGAUGAGGCUAUCAACAAAACAAAAAGGGAAAUUCUCUCCCAAAAAGGGGAGGUUAUGAGAGAAAUCACAAAAAUUAUCCAAGGAAUGAAGGUUAACAAGAAGAUUUCAGAAAUCAAGAGCACUCUUCAAAACAUGAAGGACAACCAGCCGCAACUCAAUUUGACAGAAAUGAGUAAGGAUGAGCUGGGCCUGCUGGAAUCGGCAAAAGAUGAACCCUUGGGCAUAUUCCUCCGAGCAUUGUGGCUGCUAAAGCUCAAGCCAGCUAAAGGUGCUCCUGCACCCAAACAAGUCCAAGAAAGGAAGGGAGAGACACGUUCACGCGACGAUGUCAUUAAAGAAACAGCUAAGAUGCUUAAAAAGCAUAUGGAAUUACACGCAGAAGAUGAAAAAGAAGAACCACACACAAAGCAGAUUCUUCUCAAGCAAGCCCAGUAUGAAGACCUCCUACGUGAAGUGUUCCCCCUGGUGACCAUCAGGAAGGACCCGCAGAACCAAGAGCAAGACUCCAAGCAAGCCACAGCCAUCACCACCACCGCUGGCACUACAAUUAUAUUGGUCGAGGACCAAUUCAAAGAUAUGAUCCGCAAGAUACUGCAGGAGCUGCAGGAAGACAAAUCCAUGAAGAACAAGAAAUUAGAUACAACUGAGCUGCGGGAAGACAUAUCUCUGAAGGACAAAAAAAUAGAUACAACUGAGCUGCAGGAAGACAAAUCAGAGAAGAAACUAGAUACAACUGAGCUGCAGGAAGUAAAAUCCAUGAAGAAACCAAGUCAAGAUUUUAUACUGGAUGCUCUUAUUGAAGAAACCAUGGAGAGGUUUUGGGAAAUCGAGUGGGAGAUGAAUCAACAGCUUGUCAUCAAAGGGAUCAUGGACAAAGUUAUGGAUUGUUUUGAUAGAAAAGGUGAUGAGAUAAUCCUAGUUAUCCUCAAACUCGAUUAUGACUGGGUAUCCGGAUGGGAGGAGACCAAAAAGGCUUUCAGCAUGUUUGGUUGCAUAGCCGGUGCACUGAUGUUGACCUUUGAAGAAAACAGAACACGAGCAAAAGGAUAUUGUUGUCCGUCGCGGGAGCCUAUAGACUAUUCUGUUCUUGGGCUCUACCAUGAUAUCGCACUCGAGCUUACAAACCAGCAGAUGAAUAAAGAGAGCGCCCAGAUUUUUCUCGGCAUCUUGGAGAACUGUCACCAACAUGAAUUCUGCAUGAAGAUCUUCGUUCAUGCUUUGUACGCCAACCCCAAGAGGAGCGAUGAAGAACUAAGCAAGUUGCACAGAACCCUGCAGAAGGUUACAGACAAAUCAUUGGACAAAAUUGCUAAGAAGAUACUCAAGUUCUCUUAUAGUGAUAUGCCUAAAGAAUACAAGUCUUGUUUGAUGUACCUAGCAAUUUUCCCUCGACGACAACCUAUCAGGCGGUCAACCUUGAUAGGACGGUGGGUUGUCGAAGGGCUGAUAACCAAGGAAGACUGGGCCAGUUCUGUGCAUCAUGCCAGUCGAUGUUUUGAUGCGUUGAUCAACCGGUGGCUUGUUUAUCCUGCCGAUAUUGGGGCUACAGGAAAGAUAAAGAGUUGUGUGAUAGGUGAUCUUGUUCAUGAAUUCAUUACCAAGAUCGCUAGAAAGCGGCGCAUUGUGGAAACACGCCUGUCACAUCACUUGGCUCUCCGCUUCUCCAUUUUCAAUGACCUCCGACUCCGUGGCUCGGAUAAAAUAGAUAGAUUCUUCGAAAAGCUCCAUGAAGAAUCAUCUCGAGUAUCCCUGAUCAAGGUGCUAGAUCUCCAAGAUUGCCAGUGCUUUGGAGGGAAGAAUCAAAUCUACCUCAGGGACAUUUGCAGCAAGAUGUUACUGCUCAAGUAUCUGAGCCUAAGGGGAACAGAUGUUACCCAGCUGCCAACUGAAAUCAACAACCUCCGUGAGCUAGAAGUAUUGGAUAUCCGAGAAACCAGUGUGCCUCCAUCUGCAACAGUAAAUGUCUUACUCCUGAAGUUGAAGCGUUUGCUGGCUGGUCGCAUUGUUCCAAGUUCAGGGGUAAGUAGUACUGAACUAUUUAGUGUUGAGAUCCCUGAUAAGGUCGAAAAAAUGGUAAACAUGGAGGUAUUGUCCAAUGUCAAGGCACGGACGAGACAAGAUAUGAAAGAUAUUGGAAAGUUGUGGCAGCUCAGGAAGCUUGGUGUGGUUAUUCAAUACAAGGAGCCACACCUCAGGAAUUUUCUUCGAGCUAUCAGUGAUCUGCAUGAGUGCCUGAAGUCUCUGUCAAUCACUCUUCCCAAUAUAGAGGACAACAAAGAGAUCAGAGAUUGGGUUCUUGAACACUAUAAAAACUCCCCCAAGCUUCUCGAGAGCCUAAGCAUUACUGGAACCACACAAACAGUGCAACUUCUUCGGUUGUUGACCAGAGAUAUUGACCAACUCCAACUUCGCAAGGUAACUCUGUCUGGUACCCGGCUGUAUCAGCCUGAUCUGAAGGUCCUUGCCAAGCUUCCCAAAUUAAUAUGUCUCAGGCUCCGAGAUAACGCAUACAUCGAUAGCAACCUUACCUUCAACAAUGAUGAAUUCGAAAAUCUCAAGUGCUUUCUUAUUGAGGGUUCCGACAUAACUGCCCUCAGCUUUGGAGGUGGAGCACAUAAACUUGAGAAAAUCGUUUUGUGCUCCACCGAUGGACUGUCAAUUUCUGGAGUCGAAGACCUUCUGGAACUGAAGGAUGUCGAGUUGAAGAACAGCAAUAAGGUAUCAUUGUUUGACAAGGCCAAAAACAUAUCCAAGGUGACUCUUUGGCAUACCUCUCUGAGUCAAUAUGAGGUAGAGAUUCUCGCCAAGAUACCUAACAUGCGCAACCUAGUACUCAAGGACAUAUUUUGUGUACAAAGCCAGCUUAUCUUAUACAAAGAUGACUUCCCAAAGCUCAACCUUCUUACAGUCGACUUCUCUGUCACCCCCAAGACUAUCAUUAUCGACGGAUCAGCUCCUAAGCUCGAGAAAAUCAUCUGGUCCUUCACAAAGGACACGGUGGGUACUCUCUCCAUCUCCGGCACUGACAUCCUUCCAAACCUGAAGGAGCUCGAGAUCAAUGGUGAUUUUAUCCCUAGGGAGGUGGAAGAAGCAUUGAAGAAACACAAGAACAAACCCAAGUUUACAUACAACAAACCUGAAAACCAAUACCAGGAAGCCGGAAACAUACCAGAAAAGAAAGAUCCUCCAAGAUUCUCAUUAUUGAGGAAGAAAGAGGAUUGAUGCCGGAUGUGCCGUUCCAUCAUCCGUUCACCUUCAUCGGCUCCCAUCCCAUGGUGUGGUUUGUGUGUGCUCUUUGGUUUGCCGUUGUGUGUUACUGUCUGCCGCGCAUGCGUGGGCAGAUAUAUUAUGUAUCUAUAUAUGUGGAUUGAGUGAGUGUAUGUCCCUGCUACUUAUUCUACAUAUGUGUCCUGUAAAUAAGAAUGAGCAUAUGUGAUGGUGUGUACAUGUGUGCCCUGUAACUAAGAAGGAGCAAAUGUAAUGGUGUGCCCUGUAACUAAUUAAGAUUGAGCAAAUGUAAUGGUGUGCCGUUUGUGCCCA